GUGUCAGGACGGUAUAUAAGCAGCUCGGAACGCAAACCCUAGCCCUCGAGGUGAAGGAGCGCACUGCGAAGCGAACCCUUCUCCGCCGCCUCCGCUCUUCGCUGCACGGUGCUAGCUCGCCGCCGUCCGUCUCGCGCGCCUCAAGGGUUAUCACAAGAUGUAUACAGCAAGGAGGAAGAUCCAGAAGGACAAGGGUCUGGAGCCAACUGAGUUUGAGGACACUGUUGCUCAGGCAUUUUUUGACCUUGAGAAUGGGAAUCAGGAGCUGAAGAGUGACUUGAAGGACCUUUACAUCAAUGGAGCAGUUCAGAUGGAUUUACCUGGCAACAGGAAGGCUGUUAUUAUUUAUGUUCCAUACAGGCUGCGGAAGGCAUAUAAGAAGAUCCAUGUGAGGCUUGUUAGGGAACUUGAGAAGAAAUUCAGUGGGAAGGAUGUGGUUCUGGUUGCAACUAGAAGAAUAGUGAGGCCCCCAAAGAAAGGCUCAGCUGUUGUUCGCCCUCGUACCCGCACACUUACUGCUGUUCAUGAUGGCAUCUUGGAGGAUGUUGUGUAUCCAGCAGAGAUUGUUGGGAAGCGUGUCAGAUACCACUUGGAUGGUAGAAAAAUCAUGAAGAUCUUCCUGGACCCAAAGGAGCGCAACAACACCGAGUACAAGCUCGACACUUUCAGCUCUGUCUACAGGAGGCUCUGUGGGAAGGACGUCGUGUUCGACUACCCCAUGACCGAGACUGCGUAAACCAUGUCAUAGUUAGUCGACGGCUAUCUUUGGCCGCAAAUGCUGCUACUCUUCCUAAAAUAGACUAUAACUGUGGUUUCCUAUAUGCGAAAAGUUUUGACAGUCCUGUGAUCUGCAUAUCUGAUUGCUAGAACUGGUUUAAAUUGUUCAGGUGUUUUCCAACUGCAGUUGUAGAACUUGUUGCUUUGUUCAAUGGUAGUAUUUUCAACGUGCAAAAUAAUCUCCCAAAUGUUUCA